AGCGGUGGUUGGUGAGGAAGAGGGGCGGUACAAACUUGGUCUUGUAUCUCUCACACACACGCAGUGCCUUAUCUGUACGCCGCUCCCUCGGUGUCGCGUCGUUGGGCUUCGGUCGAUGCAAGCGAUACUCGCCGCAGCCAUGGCCGCCCACACCGUCCUGCUUUCCGCAUCCUCCCCCGCCUUCGUCUUCCCCGGCUUCUCCUCGGCUUCCCCUGCGCGCCCUUUCCACUCCGCCAUCGUCGGGCAGCCCCUCCGCCCCGCCUCUUCCACCGCCAAGCUCGUCUCCACCGCCGCCAAGGCGAAGCCCCUCGUCGUCGUCGCCGCCGCCAAGAAGGCCGUCGCCGUCCUCAAGGGCAACUCCAGCGUCGAGGGCGUCGUCACCCUCGUCCAGGAAGACAAUGGUCCUACAACAGUGAAAGUUCGUGUUACUGGACUCACACCUGGACUUCAUGGUUUCCAUCUACACGAGUUUGGUGACACAACAAAUGGUUGCAUAUCGACAGGGGCUCACUUCAACCCUAAUAAAAUGACACAUGGUGCUCCUAAAGAUGAAAUCCGUCAUGCGGGUGACCUGGGAAACAUAGUUGCUAACGUUGAUGGAGUAGCUGAGGCAACAAUAGUGGACAACCAGAUACCAUUGUAUGGGCCAAAUUCUGUCGUUGGCAGGGCCUUUGUGGUUCAUGAACUGGAGGAUGAUCUAGGAAAAGGCGGUCAUGAACUCAGCCUUACCACUGGAAAUGCUGGAGGAAGAUUGGCAUGCGGUGUCGUUGGUUUGACUCCGGUUGAGUAAUUGCUUUAUAAUUCUACAAGCUGCUUCUUUCACAGACAGUGAAUUUUGUUUUGGAGUCAAAUGUGUCUGUUGAAGCUUGUUCAUUUAGACAUUGUAUCUUGUUUUCAAGUCAAAUGUCAGUUGAAGUUUCAACAUUUUCGGGCAUGUAGACAGGUAUAUCUUUAUUUGUCUUAAGAUGCCACCUAAUAAGCUUGUUGUCAGGACACCGAAGAUAAUCUUAGUGUUCUAAAUAAACUGGAGACUGCAUAUUGAGUUGCAGUCUCCUUCCCAUGGUGCAAAA